CUAAAUAUCUAAAUCUAAAAACUAUAGAAAAAAUGUUACAAAAAGAUGUGAAAUUGGAUAACACAAGCAAGACAUGGGUAUUAAAAAAACAUAUCAAUUUCUUACAAUCGUUUGGCAAAGAAAGACAUCAAUAUGAAAGUAGUAUGAUGGAAUUUCUUCGAAUGUCUGGUAUGUACUGGGGCUUAACUGCAUUAUAUUUAAUCAAUGAUGGAAAAAUACCAAAAGAAGACGAAAUAUUUGAAUAUAUUAAAAGUUGUGAACACAAUUGUGGUGGGUAUUCACCUGCCCCUGGUCAUGAUCCACAUUUAUUGUAUACACUAAGCGCAGUUCAAAUUGCUUGUCUGCUUAAUCGAGAAAUGGAAUUACCAGUUGAAAAAAUUGUAUUGUAUGUAUCUACACUUCAACAAGAUGAUGGCAGUUUUAGUGGAGAUAAAUGGGGAGAAAUAGAUACCCGUUAUUCUUUUUGUGCAUUGGCAUGUUUAUCGCUUUUGGGUAAGCUAAAUGAGAUUAAUUUGGUUAAAGCAGUAGAGUUUAUAAAAAGCUGCCAAAAUUUUGAUGGAGGUUUUGGAUCACGACCUGGAGCUGAAAGUCAUGGUGGGUUAAUCUAUUGUUGUGUUGGAUCAUUAUCUAUUGCUGGACGAUUAGAUUUAGUCGAUGCUGACACUUUAGGCUGGUGGUUAGCUGAAAGGCAAUUACCAUCUGGUGGACUUAAUGGACGACCUGAAAAGUUACCAGACGUUUGUUAUUCAUGGUGGGUGUUUUCAACAUUAAACAUUUUAGGACGUGACCAUUGGAUUGAUAAAGAAGAAUUAAAAACCUUUAUUUUAGCAUCCCAAGAUAAUGAAGGAGGUGGAUUCAGUGAUCGUCCUGGGGAUGAACCAGAUCCUUUUCAUACUCUUUUUGGUCUUGCAGCAUUAUCUCUAAUGUCAUAUGAUAAAAUUUUACCAAUUGACCCUACUUAUUGCAUGCCAAAAGCAGUUAUUAACCGAUUAGGUUUAAAACCUCAAACUUUGUCCCGACCUUAAAAAGUAAGUUAACAUAGAUUACUAUUAAGUUUAUUAUUGUAAUAAAUAUUGUAUUAAUUAUAUUAUGCACAGAUUUAUAAAAAUUAAUAUCUUGUAGAUUCUGCAAUGAAUAUUUUAUGUUGUAGUAUUUUCUUCACGUUCUGUAUAUCUUCUACAUUAUAUUUGAGUACUAAAUUUUUAUUUCAGUUUUAC